AUGUCUAGAAAUAGCAUAUUCGUUUUCUUGGUUUCUCUUCUCGUGUUUGGAGUUGCUGAGGUUUGUAAUGCAAAGCAGCCGCAACCAAAGUUGAAGAUGAACUUUUACGUGACAAAAUGUCCAGAAGCUGAGGUGCUUGUGAGGAACAUCACAUGGAGCAAACUUAAAACUAACCCUGCUUUGGGUGCAAAACUUCUUAGGAUGCAUUUCCACGAUUGUUUUGUUAGGGGUUGCGAUGCUUCUGUAUUGCUGGAUGCAGUUGACAAUACCCAGGCUGAAAAGGAUGCAAGACCUAAUCUAACACUGCAAGGUUUUGUUGAAAUUGAUGAAAUUAAAACCGAAGUAGAGAAGCUCUGCCCUGGAGUUGUUUCAUGUGCUGAUAUUCUCUCCUUGACUGCUCGUGAUUCCGUUUCCUUCCAGUUUAAGCCUAUGUGGCCUGUGCUUACUGGAAGAAGAGAUGGCAAUACUUCCCUUGCUUCUGAAACAAACGGAAACGUCCCUUCGCCAUUCUCAAACUUUUCGACCCUCAUGAACGUAUUUGACAGUAAAGGUCUUGACGUUAACGAUCUUGCGGCACUAUCAGGUGGCCAUUCAAUUGGUGUUGCUCACUGUGGAACAUUCUCUGCUAGACUUUACAACUUCAACGGCACCGGUGAAGCUGAUCCUUCCCUUAAUGCAGCUUACGUUGAAAUCCUAAAAGCUCAAUGUCCCAAUCCAGCCAAUCCUGUCACAACUGUGGAAAUGGAUCCGCAAAGUUCCGUAUCAUUUGAUAGUAAUUACUUCAAAAUCCUUCUCCAGAAGAAGGGUCUAUUCCAAUCCGAUGCUGCACUGCUCACAAAUUUAAGGGCAGCAAUCAGAGUAGCAACGUUACAGAACUCAAAAUUGUUCUACAUCAAGUUUGCUGAAUCGAUGCUAAAAAUGGGAAACAUCGGAGUGCUGACAGGAGAUGAUGGAGAAAUCAGGAAGCAAUGUCGCGUAGUGAAUAGUAAAUGAAAAAAGAAGCUAGCCAGCUGAUUGCAAUU